CUUAAAAAGAAAAAGAAAAAAAAGGAGAGACAGAGGAUUGACCUACAGCCAAACAAAUGACUUCAGGGCCUCUCAUUUGUGCAGACGCCUUCCAAAGCCCUGUGCCUAAGUUUGUAUUUGUGAUUUUAUAUCCUUUUUCCUAAAGAGUUCCACCUCUACACAUACCAGCUUCACGGCUCCGUGAAGUCUGGUUCUGUCCCUGGGGGGAGACAAACAACAAACAUGUAAAUGAAGUCAUCUAAUUGCAAGUGUGGAAAAUUCUAGGAAGAAACACAAGUAUGAUGGCAGAAAGUAAUGAUGGGGGUGUGUGUCUUAGGCGGGGAGGAGUAGUUAGGGCCUCUUUGUGGAGGUGACAAGCCGAGGCCUGAAGGGUGAGAAGGAGCUGGUGAGGUAAGGAGCACAUGGAAUAACAGAGGUAAAGUGUUUCUUGGAGCUUCAGUUUCCCAUAUGUGAGCUGAGGUUGAUAGUCACAGCAGGAUGGCCUGUGAAGGGUAAGUGGAGGGUACCCAGUAUGGGAACACCACACAGUAGGACGUGUGGCUCAGAACCCCUAGCUGAGUUCGGCACCACCCUUAAUCGGCUUUUGUCCUCUCGGGAGGGACAGGCAGGGCUGGCUACCCCCCUCCCCCCCCCAACAGCUGGGGCUGGCUGUGCCAGGGCCAGCCUGAGGGACAGGAGCUGAGAUCACUGGGCCUUUGCUCCCUGAAAUCCACCCUGGGGAGAGGGAGGGUGGUCGGGCUGGGUGAGAACAGACAGUUUGUUCAGCACUGAGGCUAAGACUCCUGGCUCCUAAGAGAGAAGAGGGUUGGCACGCUAGAUACCUCAGUUUCUAAUUAUUGAGGGGGUUGAGUGUCUGGACUCCUGAAUCCAAAGGAAGAAGGGGCUGGGGCCUGGACUCCGGGUUCUAUGGCAGAGGAGCCUGGAACAAGGACUCCCAUUUGAGCUGGGCCUGGGAACCAGCAGAGGGGCGGGGAGUUGGGCUCCCAGUGGUUUCCGUGUCCUUUCUGGGUGGGAGGUGGAGCGGUUGGCCACACCCUGGGCAGGCUCUGCCCCUCCCAGCGGGUUUAUCGCCCUAGGCCACUGCUGGCACUGGCCACGCUCAGUCCUAGCCCAGCCUGCAGCUCAGCCUGGGGGAGCUCAGAAGAGGUCUGGGAGGGCCUCGCGGCUCACACACAGCAUGGACCUGCGCACGAUGACACAGUCGCUGGUGACCCUGGCGGAAGACAACAUGGCCUUCUUCUCGAGCCAGGGCCCCGGGGAGACAGCACGACGUCUGUCAGGCGUCUUUGCGGGGAUUCGGGAGCAGGCGCUGGGGCUGGAGCCGGCCCUGGGCCGCCUGCUGAGCGUGGCGCACCUCUUCGACCUGGACGCCGAGACACCGGCCAACGGGUACCGCAGCCUGGUGCACACAGCCCGCUGCUGCCUGGCGCACCUGCUGCACAAAUCCCGCUACGUGGCCUCCAACCGCCGGAGCAUCUUCUUCCGCACCAGCCACAACCUGGCGGAACUCGAGGCCUACCUGGCCGCCCUCACCCAGCUCCGUGCCCUAGCCUACUAUGCCCAGCGCCUGCUGGCCACGAACCGGCCCGGGGGGCUCUUCUUCGAGGGCGAUGAGGGGCUCAUCACUGAGUUCCUGCGCGAGUACGUCACCCUGCAUAAGGGCUGCUUCUAUGGCCGCUGUCUGGGCUUCCAGUUCACGCCUGCCAUCCGGCCAUUCCUGCAGACCAUCUCCAUCGGGCUCGUGUCCUUCGGGGAGCACUACAAGCGCAAUGAAACAGGCCUUGGUGUGACCGCCAGCUCCCUCUUCACCAGCGGCCGCUUCGCCAUCGACCCAGAGCUGCGUGGGGCUGAGUUUGAGCGGAUCAUACAGAACCUAGAUGUGCAUUUCUGGAAAGCCUUCUGGAAUAUCACCGAGAUUGAGGUGCUAUCGUCUCUAGCAAACAUGACAUCAGCUACCGUGAGGGUAAGCCGCCUGCUCAGUCUGCCACCAGAGGCCUUUGAGAUGCCACUGACUACUGACCCCAAGCUCACGGUCACCAUCUCACCCCCCGUGGCCCACUCGGGCCCCGGGCCGGUCCUCGUCAGGCUCAUCUCCUAUGACCUACGUGAAGGACAGGACAGUGAGGAGCUCAGCAGCCUGAUGAAGUCCGAGGGGCCCCGGAGCCUGGACCUGCGGCCACGCCCCCAGCAGGCACCCCGCUCACAGUCCCUGGUGGUGCACAUCCAUGGUGGUGGCUUCGUGGCCCAGACCUCCAGAUCCCAUGAGCCCUACCUCAAGAGCUGGGCCCAGGAGCUGGGCGUCCCCAUUCUCUCCAUCGACUACUCCCUGGCCCCCGAGGCCCCCUUCCCCCGUGCGCUGGAGGAGUGCUUCUAUGCUUACUGCUGGGCUGUCAAGCACUGUGCCCUCCUCGGUUCAACAGGGGAACGGAUAUGCCUCGCAGGGGACAGCGCAGGUGGGAACCUCUGCUUCACCGUGUCCCUCCGGGCAGCAGCCUACGGGGUGCGGGUGCCGGAUGGCAUCAUGGCAGCUUACCCGGCCACGAUGCUACAAUCUACGGCCUCUCCCUCCCGCCUUCUGAGCCUCAUGGACCCCCUGCUGCCCCUCAGCGUGCUCACCAAGUGUGUCAGCGCCUACGCUGGUGGAGAGACAGAGGACCACUCUGACUCGGACCAGAAGGCGCUGGGCAUGAUGGGGCUGGUGCGGCGGGACACGGCCCUGCUCUUCCGAGACCUCCGCGUGGGCGCCUCCUCGUGGCUCCACUCCUUCCUGGACCUGAGUGGGCACAAGUCCCACGCGAACUCAGUGCCCACGGCAGAGCCAAUGCGGCGCAGCGUGUCUGAGGCAGCCCUGGCCCAGCCUGAGGGCCCGCUGGGCACGGACUCCCUCAAGAGCCUGACACUACAUGACCUGAGCCUAAAGGGCAGCUCUGACACGUCAGACACCCCGGAGCUGUCACUGUCUGCAGAGACACUUGGCCCCUCCACGCCCUCCGAUGUCAACUUCUUAGUUGGCCCGGAGGACGCCCCCGAGGCUAAGGCCCGGGAUGAGCUGAGCACCAAGGACCAAGGUUGUGGCGCCCGGGCCGCCUUCCCUGAGGGUUUCCACCCCAGGCGCUCCAGCCAGGGCGCCACCCGGAUGCCCCUCUGCUCCUCGCCCAUUGUCAAGAACCCCUUCAUGUCGCCGCUGCUGGCAUCUGACAGCAUGCUACAGAGCCUGCCGCCCGUGCACAUUGUGGCGUGCGCGCUGGACCCCAUGCUGGACGACUCGGUCAUGUUCGCGCGGCGGCUGCGCGGCCUGGGCAAGCCCGUGUCGCUACGCGUGGUGGAGGACCUGCCGCACGGCUUCCUGAGCCUGGCGGCGCUGUGCCGGGAGACGCGGCAGGCCGCGGCGCAGUGCGUGGAGUGCAUCCGUCUCAUCUUCGCGCUGCCCGCCCCGCCCGCCGCGCCGCGGGUCUGAGCCCCGCCCGAGCCGGGCCGCGCGGGAAGAUGGGGCUGCGGGGGGCGACACUAAAGCCCUCUUGUUCCCAUCUGAGCCGGCCUCCGUAAUGAAUGCGCCCCGGGUUAGGCGGCGGGGACCCCCGCGAGGGGCUCCCGGCCCCCUCAGGCCGGGCGGGAGGGGCAGGCUGUGCCUUAAGGUGGGAGGACGGCCAGGGGGGCGGGGUGGGGGCCCAAAGCCUGAGGUGUGGGGGGCGCACACCAACCAGUCUCCGUAGACAGCUGGAGCUGCACUCCGUCAUUGCCUUCUACUGCUGCUGGGACCGCCGCAGGGUGGGGGGUCUGGCCCUACCUUGCAAGUCGGUUUGUUUUUGUUCCUUUGUAAAUAAAAGUAUUUAAUUAGUUUG